AUGGCAGCUAAAGCAAAGGCCGUCCAAGCAUUGAGCAAGUUUGCCUCCUGCGAUGUAAGUUAUUGCGUUGCCUCCAAAUCACCGAAGCUUUACUUACUCGGCCUCCUUAAGAUCGGAGACGCUCUCGUGAAGCUCGGAAUCAAGCAUGGCGGAUACCUAUCCGGUCUAUCCAUGUACAGCCCGAAACGAAUGAGCGGACCGUCCAAAAUAUUCGGUCCUGCCUAUACAGUCCGCAUGGUGCCAACGGCCGAUGAAACUUCGCCAAAUCCCCCGCGUCACUUCGCCGACGCCAUACCAAAGGAUAGUGUCGUUUUUGUCUCGCAACCAAAAGGGUUGAUCAGCGCAUGCUGGGGAGGAUUGAUGAGCACUCGCGCUAAGAAGCUCGGAGCUGCUGGUGUGGUCAUCGAUGGUCACUUCAGGGAUAUUGAGGAGCACCGUGCCUUGAAUCUGGGACUUUUUGCUCGAGGAAUUAGUAUUUUGGGAUCGAACACUUUUACUCGGUCGUCAGAGCUCAACGUUCCGGUCGAGUAUGAUAAUGCUGAAGUGAACGAGGAAGUGACCAUCAACCCGGGUGAUUAUAUCCUUGGUGAUUGUGACGGUGUCAUUGCGAUCCCCCCUGAUACUGUCGAAGAAUGUUUGCGUCUUUGUCAGGAGCGGUAUGAGGUUGAUGAGAAGACCAGGGAGUGCUUGGAAAAUGGAGAUGAGAUGGGACCAACCAUCAAGAAGCUUAGGAAGUAG